UCCUCCCGGGGCCCGCGCUCCCCCGCCCCGCGUGGCGGCGGUCGCCGCCGCCACCGGUGCCUCCACCUCUACCAUCUCUUUCUCCACCACCUCGGGCCCCGGUGUCCCCGGCCAGCACUAUGCCCAUCUUACUGUUCCUGAUAGACACGUCUGCCUCUAUGAACCAGCGCAGCCAUCUGGGCACCACCUACCUGGACACGGCCAAAGGCGCGGUAGAGACCUUCAUGAAGCUCCGUGCCCGGGACCCUGCAAGCCGAGGAGACAGGUAUAUGCUGGUCACUUUCGAAGAGCCGCCCUAUGCUAUCAAGGCUGGAUGGAAAGAAAACCAUGCAACGUUUAUGAAUGAAUUGAAAAACCUUCAGGCUGAAGGACUAACGACUCUUGGCCAAUCCCUAAGGACAGCUUUUGAUUUAUUAAAUUUAAAUAGAUUAGUAACUGGCAUAGACAACUAUGGGCAGGGAAGAAAUCCUUUUUUCUUGGAGCCAGCAAUAAUUAUUACAAUUACUGAUGGGAGUAAGUUGACAACUACUAGUGGCGUCCAGGAUGAGCUCCAUUUACCUCUUAAUUCUCCUUUGCCUGGAAGUGAAUUGACCAAGGAACCUUUUCGUUGGGAUCAGAGACUCUUUGCAUUAGUGUUGCGGUUGCCUGGCACCAUGUCAGUAGAAUCAGAACAGUUGACAGGUGUUCCUUUAGAUGACUCUGCAAUCACACCAAUGUGUGAAGUAACAGGCGGCCGCUCGUACUCUGUAUGUUCUCCAAGAAUGCUUAAUCAGUGUCUGGAGUCCUUGGUGCAGAAAGUACAAAGUGGGGUGGUAAUAAACUUUGAAAAAGCAGGACCAGAUCCUUCCCCUGUAGAAGAUGGGCAGCCAGAUAUAUCAAGGCCUUUUGGAUCUCAGCCUUGGCAUAGCUGUCACAAACUCAUCUAUGUCAGACCAAAUCCUAAAACUGGGGUUCCCAUAGGUCAUUGGCCUGUUCCAGAAUCUUUUUGGCCAGAUCAGAAUUCUCCAACACUACCACCUCGUACAUCUCAUCCCAUAGUGAAGUUUUCCUGUACAGACUGUGAGCCGAUGGUUAUUGACAAACUGCCUUUUGACAAAUACGAGUUGGAACCUUCACCACUGACUCAAUUUAUCCUGGAAAGGAAAUCUCCUCAAACAUGUUGGCAGGUGUAUGUGAGCAAUAGUGCAAAAUACAGUGAACUUGGUCAUCCUUUUGGGUACUUGAAAGCCAGUACAGCACUGAACUGUGUCAACUUAUUUGUAAUGCCUUACAAUUAUCCGGUCCUCCUCCCCCUUUUAGAUGACUUAUUUAAAGUGCAUAAAGCAAAACCAACAUUGAAAUGGAGACAGUCCUUUGAAAGUUAUUUGAAGACAAUGCCUCCUUACUAUCUCGGGCCUUUGAAGAAAGCUGUUAGAAUGAUGGGUGCACCUAACCUAAUAGCAGAUAGUAUGGAAUAUGGACUUAGUUACAGUGUAAUUUCAUACCUCAAGAAAUUGAGCCAGCAGGCCAAAAUAGAAUCUGAUCGAGUCAUUGGAUCUGUAGGUAAAAAAGUAGUACAGGAAACCGGAAUUAAAGUCCGAAGCCGAUCACAUGGUUUAUCAAUGGCAUACAGGAAGGAUUUUCAGCAGCUGCUCCAGGGAAUUUCAGAAGAUGUUCCUCAUAGACUGCUAGACCUUAAUAUGAAGGAAUAUACUGGUUUCCAAGUUGCUUUGUUGAAUAAGGAUUUGAAGCCACAAACAUUUAGAAAUGCUUAUGACAUACCCAGACGGAAUCUUUUGGAUCACUUAACAAGAAUGAGAUCUAAUCUUUUGAAGAGCACUCGCAGAUUUCUUAAAGGACAGGAUGAAGAUCAAGUGCACAGUGUCCCUAUAGCACAAAUGGGGAAUUACCAAGAAUACCUCAAGCAAGUACCUUCUCCACUUAGAGAACUUGAUCCUGAUCAGCCGCGAAGGUUGCAUACAUUUGGCAACCCUUUCAAGCUGGAUAAGAAGGGUAUGAUGAUAGAUGAAGCAGAUGAAUUUGUUGCUGGACCUCAAAAUAAACACAAACGACCUGGAGAACCAAAUAUGCAAGGGAUCCCUAAAAGACGUAGAUGUAUGUCUCCACUCUUAAGAGGCAGACAGCAGAAUCCUGUUGUUAACAAUCAUAUUGGAGGAAAAGGACCACCCACACCUAUGAGUCAAGCACAGCCAGAUCUUAUUAAGCCCCUUCCUCUUCAUAAAAUUUCAGAAGCCACUAACGAUUCAAUAGUGGAUGAUGUAGUUGAAAAUCAUGUUGCAGACCAACUUUCAUCAGAAAUCACACCAAAUGCUAUGGAUACUGAAUUUUCAACAUCUUCUCCAGCCAAUUUAUUGGAACGACCAACAAAUCACACAGAGGCUCUUGGUCAUGACCAUUUAGGAACUAAUGACCUCAAUAUUGGUGGAUUUUUAGAAAAUCAUGAAGAGCCAAGAGAUAAAGAACAGUGUGCUGAAGAGAAUAUACCCGCAUCCUCACUCAAUAAAGGAAAGAAAUUAGUGCAUUGCAGAAGCCAUGAAGAGGUCAAUACUGAACUAAAAGCACAAAUAAUGAAAGAGAUCCGAAAGCCAGGAAGAAAAUAUGAAAGAAUCUUCACUUUACUGAAGCAUGUGCAAGGCAGUUUACAAACAAGACUAAUAUUUUUACAAAAUGUCAUUAAAGAAGCAUCAAGGUUUAAAAAACGAAUGCUAAUAGAACAACUGGAGAACUUCUUGGAUGAAAUUCAUCGAAGAGCCAAUCAGAUCAACCAUAUUAAUAGCAAUUGAGAGAAAAUAGAAUGUGGCCAUUUGUUUCACUAUCUUCUCCAAAUACAAAGUAAAUAUAGGACUGUUGUGAUCUUGCAUUCAUUUUUUGACAUGCAUUGUUGGCUAUUUGAAAUACUAAAGCAAGUCUACAGAUCCUUUUUCCAUCAUUUUACAGUGACCUUUUCUUCAUUUUGGUUUAUUUUUGUAAUGUGAAAAGUACUACUCUAAAAAACCUUUUUAUUUAACAAACUAAAAUAUUCCUCCAAAUCUCUUGCUUGUCAUUGACUCUUGCGUGUCAAUUUCCCUCAGGUUCUAUUUUCUUAAACCAACCUUUAAAAUUGUCACCUCUGUUAAGGUUGAACUUUGCCAAAAAAAAAAGCUAAAAAGAAGUUACUUUGUAAUUUUUGGGGAAAAAAGCACAUACAUUAAAACUAGGUAAUGUUUUGUAUAUACAGUUAUUUUGGAUAUAUUAUUGUAAGUUGUACAAAUGUAUUUUGAAGAAUAUUUAAGAAAAGCACUUUUGUUAUUCCAUCAAUAAAUGCUCUAUUUUACUCUUGUGUGGUUUAGGAAAUAAUCACAUUUAAAGCAAUCAUUUAAAAACAUCUUAAGAUAAUGGAAUUUUAAAGGCCUUGCUUUUUAGCAUUGGAAAAACACAUCACUUAGAGUUCAUAUUUGUUAAUCCUAACUGUAAUUAUAUGUUACAUAAUCUGCAUUGUCUUUUUACUAUAUGUUCGUAGUUUUUGUUGGCCAUGCCAACAUACUCCCAUUUCUGCCUAGGUAAUAAUGGGAAUGGUAUUGUCUGCAGCAGAUACUUUAAAAGCUGUUUGACAAAACAGACAUUUUGGACAUUAUUGGUUUCCUUACUUCCCUUCAACUCCUUUUUUUUUCUCACUAGGUUUGUGGAUGGCACUAAGCUGAAGCUGCUAUUAGUUUAGGGAGUGGUAAGUUCGGGAUACACUGCAUACUUUGAAAUGUCUACCUAGCCUUGAGCAAUUUGAUACGAUGCUUACAAAAGUACACAACAAAUUAAAAGUUCAGAGAAGAUUUGUUCUGCCUUGCUAUUCUCACCGUUAAACUCUCAGUUUUAUUUAGAAGGUAGAUGGAAAGGAAACAGAUGUAAGAUGACUUUACUCAGUUUGCAUUCUUCCUGAGUUAUAUUGGAUAAGUAAAACUGACACUGUUCAUUCUCCCCUCAAUCCAACAUGGCUUUCUGUGUUCUUACUGAGGAAGCAAUCCCAUAGACUGACUCAUUUACCAUUUAUAUACCACUGCUGUGCCUUUUAGUGGUUUGUGGCGUAAUGAUUAGGAAAGAAGGUUAUAAUAGAUGUGGGUUAAGAGAGGGCAAAUAACUUACAAAAUUAUAAUAAAAUUCUGUUUUUAGGUUCAUAAUAUCUGAAAAUGCAUACCCUUUUUACACUUUGCAAGGACAUUUUUUUGAGUUUCAAGGGUAUAGCAAAAUAAAAUUGUAACUUUUUAUGAAGAAAAGCAUAGGUGAAAGUGGAGAACAUGCUUGAAGUCUGCUAAUUUAGUCAAGGGGAUUUGAAACUCUUCCAAUACUGAAGACAAAUCCUGUCAAGGAACAGAAACAUUUAAUGUAACAAAAUAUAGUAUUUUCAUAUGCAAUUCUUUAAACUUUUACCUCUAUAAAAUAAUUUUAAGUAAAGAUAUCAUUUAAUGGAUAGAAUUGCUUAGGUAAUUGCCUGCAAUCACAAUGCUAAACUCAAGAUCUAUACAAAAUUCAGACAACAGUCUGGUCUUGAACUCAUAUAUUUAGAUUCUGAGAUUAAUAGGAUUAGGAAUCAUUCAGACAAAAAGUUCAUACCUAAGAAUAUCUAGGAAAGACAUUCAAUCUAUUCCAAUAUUUAGCAGCAUUCCUUAUCAGAAAGUUCUUUUUUCUAUCUCAUGGGCUGCAAUAUGAGGUAUAAUAAUCCUUUAGACCCUUGACCAUUAAUACAUUUUUCAGAAUGAACCCUGGAGGAAAUUGGGAAGUAGCAGUCAUGUCUAAUUUUUGGUGAGAGUGGAGAAGGGUGAAAGGGAUUCGUCUCUCUGCCACUAUACACUUUCCAUUCUUAUUCCAAAAUCUGUUGGGUCAUCGGGAAAGUCAUGACUCAUUUUUGCAUAGAAAAGAAAGCAAAAAUACAGCAUGACUUUCCCAAUGACCUGAUAGUUACAAGGUUUAAAGCCCAUCAAAACUAAAGCUUAAUAUCCCAUCUUUUUCAUUUGUAUUUUAAAGAAAUACGGACAUAUUAGUUAAAUUAGUAAUCAUUCUUGUCAGCCAAAGGGAGAGAGACUGUCUGGGAGGAGGGGAAUAUCUUGUCUUUUAUGUCCUUUACAUCACUGAAUAACUUCAGGCUGGAUAAAUGUUACCCUCAAAAAGUU